AAAUCGAUAACCCUAACAGCUGAUCCAAAUAAAUAACUACAACCAAAAAUAAACAAUUUUGAAUUACGGAUGUCAGCGCUAUGAGCUUCUCGGAAAACACUUCCGACUCGGAAUGGAAGGCGGCCAGGGUGAAAGUGCAGCGAACCAUUAAACAGUCGACGAAGGACCCCAAGGAGCAGAGAUCCCGCUCACCUAAGACUUUAAAGCCCAAGUACAACCAGAAGUUCUGCGAGAAAUGGCUGAAGAUCUUCGAUCCGUGGCUGAGACGAGCGGCCGAGGAUCCCAACAAGCCCUUUUGUCGUGCUUGCCAGUGCACCAUGGACUGCAAUCGGUGUCACCUGGUGCGGCAUGAGCGGACUACCAAACACAAGCGCAACCUGGAGUCGCUGCUCACCAAAGGUGAAGGGGCGGCGGUCCAGGAGUUCCGGAUUCGACAGGAGCGUAGCAAGUACUACCAUCAGCGGAAGCUAGCAAUGCGCAAUGAGGAAGAGCAAACGUCGCAGGCGGAAAGCCAGGAUUUGACACCACCCACGGAGUGUUCUGCCUUCCCUGCUUCUACAGAGGUCAUUUCAGAUUCAAAUAUCUGUUCACCCGCCAUCGAAGAAGUGUCGGUUCCCAAGAAAGAGCUGAUAUCUGAAACGGAGUCCUCUGCGAAAGUGUCAGAACCCACACCAAGCCCGUCCAGACACAGUGGCUCUACUGCUGGUUCCAAUCAGGAGGGCAUUAAACUUCUCAUGCAGAUUCACCAGGACAAGAAUGAGCUGAUGGACUCCUUCCGUGAGCUGAUGGGUAGCCAAAGGUCUCUGAACCACGCAGUCCCGCCCAAGGAGAAGAACCAUGUUGACCUGUUUUUCGAGAGCGUUAGCUCCAGUGUAAAGGCUUUGUCACCUAAAUUGGUGGCGGAGGCUAAGAUGAGGGUAUCACAGUUAAUCUGCGAGCUGGAGCUGCGCGGCCUUAAGGAAACCAGUCCCCAGGAGGACGGGGUAGCAAUAAACUCGAAUCCUCCAGUCAACGGAUUGCAUGUUAACCGGCCGUCAGGACAUGCUCCAGUGCAACAGCAUACUGGUUUUAGCGGGGUUAGUUGAGAGUCAGUAAAAUAAUUAGAACACAAUUUUUUUGAUUUUUAAAUAAAUAUUUUAUUUAUCAAGAA